AUGGCGGGGUCUUCUGAGUUGGUGGUCCUUGACCCUCCAUGGGACAAGGAGCUCGCGGCUGGCACAGAGAGCCAGGCCUUGGUCUCCGCCACUCCCCGAGAGGACUUUCGGGUGCGCUGCACCUCGAAGCGGGCUGUGACCGAAAUGCUACAACUGUGCGGCCGCUUCGUGCAAAAGCUCGGGGACGCUCUGCCGGAGGAGAUUCGGGAGCCCGCUCUGCGAGAUGCGCAGUGGACUUUUGAAUCAGCUGUGCAAGAGAAUAUCAGCAUUAAUGGGCAAGCAUGGCAGGAAGCUUCAGAUAAUUGUUUUAUGGAUUCUGACAUCAAAGUACUUGAAGAUCAGUUUGAUGAAAUCAUAGUAGAUUUAGCCACAAAACGUAAGCAGUAUCCCAGAAAGAUCCUGGAAUGUGUCAUCAAAACCAUAAAAGCAAAACAAGAAAUUCUGAAGCAGUACCACCCUGUUGUACAUCCACUGGACCUAAAAUAUGACCCUGAUCCAGUUCUCAACGGGAAUGCUUUCAACUUUUCCCCAUUCAACAUGAUGUUGGCUGUGGAUUUGUCAUAUAUGGUUUUUAUUACUUCGAGGACAUACCAAGAACACACUGGCCCUACGACUUUCAUACUCGCAACUCCCUGUAUUUGAAACUGCUCUCCGAAACUACCUGCCUGACUCUUGCACUUCAUUCAGCUCUCUGUUCAAAGUGUCAGUUCAUCUGAUACACCUUACAACCUGUGUCAGAUUCUCUUAUGACUCCCUUGAUCAUACUGUAUCCCUUUAACCUGCUUUAUUUUUCUCUGCCACUUACAGAUAUUAUAUAAUUUCUCCUUAUUUUCCUCUUCCCUCCCCACAGUAUUGUAAGCUCCCUGUGAGCAAGAACUUUGGGAUGCCCAGCUUUCCCUCUUUUUUCUUUUCUUUUCUUUUUUUUGAGACGGAGCCUUGCUCUGUCGCCCAGGCUGGAAUGCAGUGGCACGAUCUCAGCUCACUGCAACCUCCACCUCCCAGGUUCAAGUGAUUCUCCUGCCUCAGCCUCUAGAGUAGCUGGGAUUACAGGCGCCCGCCAUCACGCCUGGCUAACUUUUGCAUAUUUAGUAGAGACAAGGUUUCACCAUAUUGGCCAGGCUGGUUUCAAAGUCUUGAACUCGGGUGAUCCUCCCACCUCGGCCUCCCAAAGUUCUGGGAUUACAGGCAUGAGCCACUGCGCCCAGCCCCUGACUCUUAAGAUUAUUCUCUGACAUGGUACACUCAAUAAAUAUUUAUAUUUUUGCAAACAAUACAUAAUUUUAUAUAAAUAGGAUUGAAUUACAUAUUACGUUGUCCCUUUUAAAAACCAAAGUCGGCCGGAUGCAGUGGCUCACACCUGUAAGCCCAGCACUUUGGGAAGCUGAUCGCUUGAGCACAGGAGUUUGAGACUAGCUAGGGCAACAUGGCAAAACCCCGUCUCUACAAAAAAUACAAAAAUUAGCCAAGCAUGGUGGUGCACGCCUGCAGUCCCAGCUACUCGGGAAGCUGCAGAGGGAGGAUCAUUUGAACCCAGGAGGUCAAGGCUGCAGUGAGCUAUGGUCCUGCCACUACACUCCAGCCUGAGUGACAGAGUGAGAACCUGUCUCAAAAAAACCCAACAAGGAUAGCAUUGUAUUUUUACUUUUUGGUUUCUUCUCUCUCUUCCUGCCACCCCUUUAGAUAUCCAACAUUAACCUGGUAUGAAUUCAUUUAUCCUUUUUUCUGUGCUUAUAUAAUUGUUACAGGAAUAAAUAUGCACUGGACAUUUUGGGGGCAUAAUUUACAGAAAAUUUAUUCAUGUAUUCAAAUUAUCUGCAAUUUCCUAGCUUAAGUUUAUGGUAGACAUCCUCCAUUCGACUGCCGUAGCUCUAACCUUAUUGUUUUAAAUUGUGGUUAUCUUUUAAAUUGUAUUUCUUGUGCUUUUAAUAAAUGCAAGCUUAAUGUAAAAUUUU